CCAGAUUUACUAUUAUUUUUCAUAAAAAUGGCGGACUACUGGAAAUCGAAUGAGCGCAAAUAUUGUGAUUUUUGCAAAUGCUGGAUAAGUGACAAUAAAGCGAGCAUUUCCUUCCACGAAAAUGGCAAACGACAUAAGUUGAAUGUGGCCAAACGCAUAACAGACAUUAGCCGUAACAGUGAAAAGUCUGAACAGGAAAAACGUAAAAUGGAUGCUGAAAUACGCAAAAUGGAAGAUGCAGCCAUGCGUUCCUAUGCCCACGACAUACAUAGUCGUGGGGAUUUAACGGCACGCUCUAUAAAUGCUGUAAUGACGGCUGGUGUGCGUCCAUCAACAAGUGCAGGAACAUCUAGCGUAGAAAGCAAUACAUUUAGACAAGUUGAUCCCAUGCGUUUGGCUGGUAAUUCCGAUGAAGAGGGGGGCGAAGUGGGUCCACGUGUGGGCAUACCAUAUAUAGAUCAUUCCAGUGUGCCAAAUGCUUCGCUGUGGGUGGAAGGUGUAAAUGAUGAUGGUUACUCAUACUAUUGGAAUGUAAAGACCAAUGAAAGUGUAUGGCAAGCUCCCAAAGAGGGUUACCUAUCAUGGAAGGAAUACCAACGUAUCAAUGAUUUGGCGGUAAAACAACAAGAAAUACAAGAAGCCGAGCAGGCCAAGAAAUUUCGUGAGAAUGUCAAUGAAGAAGUGGCGCGUUAUAAUCGUGAGCGUUUAAAGAUGUAUAGACAACCAGCCACCAAGCAAGAGCAGAAGGCAGAAGAAGAGCGCAAAGAUGGUUUUAAAACCGAAGAACAAGCCAAAGCACCCGAAAUAGGCCAAUGGCAGGUGGUGGAAAAUAUACCUGCUCCGGCUCCGAUUGAUUUGGAGCUACCAGUUUUAAAUAACUACUAUGUACCUCCCGUUGUCUCAGAAAUAACCUAUGAACCUCCAGUUAAACGUUUUAAAGAGAAGACAAUUGAAACUUUAGAUCCAGAAGUUGCUAGCAAUACUUCAACAUCAUUUAAAAAGCGCAAAUUUGCUGCCAAAGGAAAUGCCCGUAAGCGUUUAGAUGACGAUUAAUAUGUUCAAAGAUUUGUGGUGAUUUUAGGGUUAAGAUUAAAAAAAUGAGGAAUAUUUCUAAGUAGCAGCUGGACAUUAAUAUUUCUAACUUAACUUGUUAACAAAUAAGCUAAUGGUAUUCAUCUGAAAACACAAAUGAUUAUUAAAGUUGCAAAAGGUUUUAAACAUGAAUUUUGAAUGGAAAAUGUGCCUGGUUAACAAUUGGUUUAGUAAUCGUUUGUGAAAAAGCUACAAUGCAGAGAGAUACUUGAAAGCACAUCCAAAAGGCGGGUAUUAUACAACUAUAAUGCUGCUACUAAUUUAUUAAUUUCUAGUUAAAAUACGUUAUUUAUUUGCAAAUAAAUAACUCUUUAUAAACAAAUGAUAAUUUUAGUGUUUUUAUAAUGCAUUACUUAUUUUGCCAUUAAUUCUUUGUAAAAUUUAGAUAAAAUGUUAAUUUAUAUUAUGAAAAACAAUAUAAAAGUAAGUAGCAUUUCAAUUAAAGCUAUUUUUUAUUUCUAAUUUUAAGAAAAUAACUUUUAAAUAAAUAUUCUGUAUUAUAUUUAAAAUAAAUUAAAAAAUACAAAUUAAAAACUACUAAUAAA